AUGACUUCACGUGAACAUAGGGCUGCCUUAAAAAAGUGGAGGGAGCAUUGUGCUGCUUACCGGGCCAAACAAAAGGAUGCGACAGUGGCUCUCAAUACACCACGUGCAAACAUGCUUUCAUCUGAUCAAGGGAGCCCUUGUUCAUCUGCAGGAUGCAACACUUCAGUUUCCAUUGACUUUCCUAGUAACCAGAUCCCUACGGUAACGGCUAUCAAUUCACAUCGAAGAAGGCAAGUCAAAAAGCGGAGAGAAAAAGUGAAUAAGGAAAAGGAUGAGAAGAUAGAAGCUCUAAAGAAAAAAGUAGAUAAAUAUAGGAAAAGAAUAACAAGAUUACAAAAUAGAAGUAAGAAAAAUAAAGCAGACACACCCAACACUAAAAUGCAGAAGAUGUUGAAUGAACCUGGAGGUAGAAAAGAAGUGGUUAAGAAAGCGUUGUUUAGCGACGUUUUAAAUGAACAACUCAAAGAAAAUUAUUCAAAUUUAAAAUGUAUUAAAGAUAAACAAAUAUUUACGAAAGUCUUGUCUGGAGUUCGAUUACAAAAGUACAGGCGGUGUAUACCCAGAGACUGUGGUGUUUUGUAUAGAGGUGUUCAGAGUACAAAACGUUACAAUACUUUGACCGUGCCUGUGAUGCGGCGGAUAAGAAUACCAAUAAGGUAUUAUAAGCAAGCUCUUCGGUCCUUUUUUGAAGAUGACAGUAACAGUCGCAUAGGAGCUGGGAAAAAAGAAUACGUUACAAAACAGAAUGUGAGAAAGCAAAAGAGAUAUCUUCUUGAUACGAUUCUUAAUUUAUACAAAAAAAUGUUGGCAAAUAACUUCAAGAUUAGUUAUCAAACAUUCUGUGGGUUGCGUCCAUUUUGGAUAGUAAGACCAAGUACACAAAAUCGUGACACAUGCUUGUGCGUAACUCACAGUAAUUUGGACAUGAAGUUGCGGGCUCUAUAUGAUGCAAAGAUAAUUGCCUACAACAACUACCAGAAGUUACUGGAACAGCUAUGUUGUGACCGGUAUAAUGAAAACUGCUUAUCAAGAAGAUGCCUUCUUUGCAAAAAUAGACUUCCUAAAUAUAAAGAAUUCAACGAUAAGAGAAUCAUAAAAUAUAAGAUGUGGGUCCAAGAAAGACAAGAAAUCAUAGAUUUAAAGACGAAAAAGCCAAAGAUAGUGAUAAAACACCUGAAAAUGGUGUACAAUGGACAUCCCGUCAAAUAA